UGGGAAAUAUUUAGGCUAGAAAAAUUUCAGUCUGAAAGAGGAACUAAAAAGAAUGGAAGGAAGAAACAAAACAAAUGGCGUUCAAUCCGUAAAAUGGAAAUAAUCUUUUUUGUUUUUUUGAGACGAACCCGAAUUAAAAUCUAAUUCGGAUAGGGAAUAAUUGGGCAACCAGAAACAGAGGAAAAACCGUUCGCCGGUCGAACAACUAUGACCGGAGUCCUGUACAUACUCCCGGGAAAAGCACCACCGCGGACUUUCCUUCCGUCGGGGCCGAACUCCAGGCCAUCAAUUUCACCGUUCAAAAACCCUGGACCUCUCCACCUCCGAAAUUCCGUUUCUAGAAUAUCCCUCUCCUUCUCUUUCCGAAAAGGAAGCAACAUGCCACCGGAAACAGGCUGCCCCGUUCCGCCGGAACAGCUGCCGAUUAACGAAUAUCAGACUCUCUCCACCUCUUUCCCCUUCUCCUGGGCCGCUGGAGACAUCGUUGAGUACUGUUCUCGAUUGGUUGCCACCGGCGCUUCCUUUGCGCUCUUCAUCGGACUUCCGGUUGCUUGGUUCGGCACCGUGGGAGUCGAAUCGGAUCCGUUGAAACGAUUUCUUUGCGCUGUUUCGAGUGGGAUUUUGUUCGUCACGAUUGCGGUUGUUAGGAUGUAUCUCGGUUGGGCUUACGUCGGUAACCGUCUCCUCAGUGCGACUGUCGAAUAUUUCCUUUAUACAGACGAAGAGACCGGAUGGUACGACGGGCAGAGCUUAUGUCUGCAGAUUUGGGUAAAAACCGCCCAAGUUUUAGCGCGCGAUCGCCUCCUCGGUUCCUACACUGUGAAGCCGGUGCUCAGUAGGCUAAAGUACACUCUCGUUAGCCUUGCGGCGUCUCUGUUUGUGUCCAUUGUCGUGCUCGUCAACAUAGAUGGAGGCCAAUUGCUAGGGCCUUUCUUCACCGGAAAAUAUGCAGCGGAUGACGGCAGUGGCAGAGUAAUUCCCGGUGUUUAUAGCGACGAAUCCGCCAGAUCUUUCGAGCCCGAUGCGUUCUGUGGAGCUGGGGAAGCUGAUCUUGUUCAAUGAUAUUCAUUCUGCCGGUAAUUGUUUGAUUAAUGGUUUUCUUUGUGAAUGUUUAUAUAUAUAUACUUAAGACAAUAAAACGGGGGAAUGAUACUUCUAGUUUGGAGGCAGUUAGCUUUUCUCUCUUUUAAGGAAGUUUUAUAAGCAAUUAUGCAUAGGUCUAAUGCAUUGUAAAUUUAACUCGAGAUUUGAUGUGUCAUUAAAUGUGAUGUUAGGAAACAUUACAUUUUUAUAAAAAUACAAAUUCUUGUCCAUGGUUAAAA